AUAUCGUUAAUUUCUUUUUUAGGUCUAUGUAGGUCUUUCAGAACUUUUUAGCCGACUCCAAGACGCCGAUAACAGCGCAAGGUACGCAUCGAAAGCUUACGAUUUAUCGAGAUCGUUGCAAUUGGGCGAUUUAAACUCGAGACAUCAUCGCGCCGCUCUCCUCCAGAUGGCCUCCUCGUUGCGGAAACAAGGCGAAUUGGGGGAUGCCCACGAUUAUUGCUCAGAGGCGACUAGAUUGGCUUUAAUGUCCGGGGAUCAAGCGACGUAUGCGCGAAGUAUUCGAAUUAUGGGGGAUAUUUAUCGGAAGAAGAACGAUAUUAAUAAAGCGUUUCGCCAAUAUGAGACUGCGAUGGGGUCCGCGGCCGCGAUGGGGGAUCGAGUGAUCCAAAUGGAGUCCAUGGAUGGGGCGGCGCGUUGCUUGGAGGCUUUGAGGCUCCAAAAAAAGAUUUGCAAUUGCCGCCCUUUGGAGUUUAACACGAGAUUGUUGGAGGUGGCGAGCUCUGUGGGGGCUAAGCUUUUGGUGCGAACGAUUCGGAUGCGACUUUCGAAGAUUUACCACGCUUUAGGCGACGACGAUCAACGCCUCCACCAAGAUCGCGUCGUAACAAGACUCCAAGAAGACCUCGACAUGUCUUGCGCAGGUUGCAGAUCGCCUUACGGCUACGAAAGAGACAGUUUAGAAGCUUUACCAUGCGCGCACAUCCUCCACGCGAGGUGCGCAUACGAAAUAAUGAGGGGCAAAAACAAGAAGAAGAAGCGAGCAUGCCCCGAAUGCGAUCGCGUGAUGACUUCGAAGUUAUAUCUGAAUUGUAACGAUUUUAAUGGGGGUUUUAGCCCGGUUCCUUUGUCGGUUUGCUCGUCGGAUAGCCAUUGCACUUCGUAUCAAGCCACAAGUUCGGUUUAAAAAGCUAAAAGUCAAGAAAGUCGAAUAAAAAUGAUGAUAACAAUCUUCUUUUGCAAUCGAACAAUCACGUCAAAGAUUAAAAGAAUUUAAAUAAAGAGAAAGAGAGAAAAAAAUAACGAAAUUAUAAAAUGUUCCUCGUUUAAAUCACCGUUAUUGUAAAUAUAAAUGAAUUAUCGACCGUUAUUGUCUUUAAAUCAACAAGAAAAUUUAAAGAAGAAAAUUCUAGUUAAGAAAUGCACCUUAUUGAUAUUCUAUUGUAAAUAAGUCGAAACGAAACGAAAUUAAAGUAAAAUAAAGUAACAUGGAGAUAUAAACUAAAAGAUUAAAACUUAAUUAUUUAAAAAAAAUGAA